GGAGAGUAAGGGAAGGAGGGAGGGAACGGGAAUCACAAACAAAAGUCGUUGACGGUGCGUCAGGGUAAGAGAUAAGUGGUGAUGUGUGGGCAGCUUGCUCUAUUAAGAUACAUUAUUGUAUGUAACAGCUCUUUAUGAAAGCUGGAAAACUUAGCAUACUGGCUGUUAUUGGCAAGAGAAUAGAAGAAAUGGCAACACUUUAAAGAAAAAGAAGAAGAAAUGGUUGUAUAGAAGAUCGGUAUAUUGAGAUGGAAGUAGACCUUACCAAAGAUGAUCUGCCCCUAAUGGCCAAUACUAACCACAUGCUGGUAAAGCAUUAUGUAUUGGACCUGGAUGUGGACUUAAAAAGCCAUGUUAUUGGAGGCACCAUAGUUCUGUUUUUGGAAACUGACAGCAGGUGCAGAAAAGGAGACAGUGAGCACGUGGAAGAAGCUCGUCAUACGUGGUCAGAUAAAACCUACCAUGGCCCUGUGUCAAAUGCAAGUGCCUGCUCAACCAAAACUGGAUGUAAUGAUUUUGCUGUCUGUGGUAAAGGUGAAAAUGAUACUUCUGAUAAAAACUGUAGCCAUGGCAACAGGGAACAGGCUUCUGGGAUUUCUAGUUCAAAGAACUGCUGUGACAUUGAGAUUCAUGGGAGUGAAGAUUUUUUGCUGGUCCUGGACUGCUGUGAUUUAUCUGUGUUAAAGGUCGAGGAGGUAGAUGUUGCUGUGGUUCCAGGCACUGAAAGGUUUACAAGCUCUGCCAAGUUAAUGGAUGCUUCUAAGAAUCCAAGAGAUCUUAGGAAUCAAAUUGUGCAUGAACUUGUGACAUUACCUGCAGAUCACUGGAGGGAGCAGCUUCACUACUACAGGCAUUGCAGCCAGGCGCCUGCUUGUAGAGAGCUUCCGUUUGUUACUGACACUUGGAGCUUGAAGAUCAGAGAAGCAGGUGUCCGACAGCCAAAGGACUUCCCUCAUGCCAUCAGGAUAAGGUACAAAACAAAGCCAGAAGGAAGAUCGCUUAGCUGGACUACAGACCAAAGUGACAGGCCAUGUGUUUAUACAGUGGGGUCUCCAAUAAACAACAGGGCCCUUUUUCCAUGCCAAGAACCGCCUGUUGCCAUGUCAACAUGGCAAGCUACAGUCCGAGCAGAUGCAUGCUUUGUUGUUUUAAUGAGUGGGGAAAAUGCAGCGGAACCAACAGAAUCUGAAGGAGGUGUAUUAAGUUGGUUUUAUUAUGUGACCAUGCCAAUGCCAGCAUCGACCUUCACUAUUGCUGUUGGAUGCUGGGCAGAAGUUAAAAGAAAAAUGUGUGCCACUGAUGUUCAGGGGAAUGAUGGGUUCUUUCCACUGUGCUCAAAGACGGAUGUCAGGUUGUUGGGACAAGCUUGCGGUCAUGUGCCAUACCUGUGCCGUUUUCAAGAUCCUGCUGCUGCUUCCCAGGUGGUUAUCCCACAUCGUGCCUUUGCUCCACUGAGCCUUAUGAAAUCCAGUGAAGAGAUUCUACUCCAGCUGAUUCCUCAGUGUCUCUCAGCUGCUUAUAAUCUGCUGGGUACCCAUCCCUUUUCCAGACUUGAUGUCUUGAUUGUCCCGUCCAACUUUUCCAGUCUUGGAAUGGCCAGCCCGCACAUCAUCUUCCUGUCACAGAGCACGUUAUCAGGAGGAAGCCACCUCUGUGGAACACGCCUGUGCCAUGAAAUUGCUCAUGCCUGGUUUGGCUUAGUUAUUGGUGCACGUGACUGGACUGAAGAAUGGCUAAGUGAAGGAUUCGCCACUCACCUAGAAGAUGCCUUUUGGUCAGCAGCACAACAGCUGUCGGUUGAAGAAGCAAAAGAGCAACAGGAUCUGAAAGCCUUGCUGCGCUGGCAUCGUCUUAGAGAUGAGCUGCAGAACUCUGAAGAAGACCUGCAGGUUUUAAGGCCCAACAAAGAGAACACUGGUAAAGUGAGUGAAUCUGGAGCAUCUGUAAUCAAGCAUGGCCUUAAUGCAGAAAAAGUCUUCAUGCAGGUUCACUACCUAAAGGGUUAUUUCCUUCUACGAUCUUUUGCAGAGAAAGUUGGCGAAUCUACGUAUUUUGCCUUUUUAAGAAAAUUUGUGCAGACUUUUCAUGGACAACUGAUACUCUCUCAGGAUUUUCUUCACCUAUUACUGGAGGACAUCCCACAGCUAAAAGGGUAUGGCCUAUCGGUUGAAAACAUUUUCCAGAAGUGGCUUGACUGCUCAGGAAUCCCAAAGCCUUUGCUGGAAGAGUGUGAAGCUUGGCAGGAGUGUCGACUUGCCCAGGAAGUGAACGAAGAGGUCGUAAAAUGGAUUCGAGUAAAUCAGAGAGCCAGAAACAGCAGCAAAAGGAAAAGGAGACACGAAGCCGCUCUCCAAAAGCUUUCCCCAGACCAGCUGGUCUUACUUCUGGAGUGCCUCUUGGAAAAGAAGACAUUAUGUUCAAAAACGUUGGAGUGCUUACAGAAAACUUACCACCUCCGUGAGAAGGAUGCAGAGGUCCGGCAUCGAUGGUGUGAGCUUGUUAUUAAACACAAAUUCAAAGCAGGGUAUGUUGAUGUUGAGAAAUUCCUUAACGAAGAGCAGGCAAUGGGUGUCUACUUAUAUGGAGAAUUGAUGGUGAAUGAGGAUGCAAAACAGCAAGAAAUUGCAUAUAAAAGUUUUGCCGCAACCCGCGACCAAAUGGAUGCCUCCUCAGCUAAAGUAGUGGCAGAGAUGUUAUUUUGAGAAGUGGCUAAGUUCUGCACCUGAAGAGAAGUUGAGAUGGAAACCUUUCUUAAAAUGUCAGAGGGCUUGAUUGCUGCUACUGUGAUGUCAUAGCAAAUACCUGCAUGGAAUCUAGUUUAUACAUUACAACAGAGGAAGAAGCCCUGCGAAAGAGCCAAACAAACACUGCACUUCACUUCCUCCUGUCAAGAAUGAAAAGAAUCCACCUGGGAAAACUUCUUUGUGUGGCUGCAGUAUAGAAGUAAUCAAUAAGUGUGAAAGGGUGUGUCUCUGCUUUUCAUAGCACUUAGCUAGUUAGUGUGAUGUUGUGUAUUGUAUCUUAUAAAUGUAUCUUAUAAACUCAUAAAUGAAAGAAGCUCUCUUGUAUCUGAAGUUGCAGUUUAGCAUUAUUGCUCAUAGUACAUGACUUUUUCUUACUGGAGCUGCUCCCUGCAGCAGUUGCUGUUCCAGGCUGUUGAUGGACCCGUCCUCCGGUGCCUACUGAGCUGAUAUCAGUUCUGAUUUUACAUACUGGCUCAGUUCAGCAGGAACAGGAGUCGAGCCCUUAAGCAAAAAGGCUUCUUUACUAAGCACACAGACGUCUCACUUCAUGUCUGAAACCAGAGAUAGAACAGACUGAUACUUUGAUGUGGAUCACAAAUCCUUACAUGGACUACAUACCAUGGUCUUGCAGAAGGAGCUAGUAGCUUUGCUGGUGGGUGGGUGAGAUGAGGUAUGUGUAGGCUGUGUCAAGUUAUGAUUAUUCAAGGAGAAAAUAAAAUGUAGUCAUAUCUUGAGCACGUCAUUCUUCUGCCGUUCAACCGACCAGUCACUGUUUUCAAAAAGGGGCAGCAGCAAUGUGUCACUUUUGUUAUUGUUUCAAAUUAAGUAUGUUUUCAAGGAAGCUGCUCUGGUGGUCACCAUAAUUAUCAUACCUCCUCAUGCCACGCUGGUGUGACUUUUAUGUUAUGGAAUGCUAGACCUUACAGUCUUCUUAAAUUACAUUCAGUCUUAUGACAGAAGUAUGUGACAUUCACAUGAAUAUCAGGUUCCAGUUGUUGAUUCUCUUCCACAUGCAUUCAAGGAAAAUUAGAUUGGCAGAGAUGCGCUCUUUCAAGAAGCAGGACAAUAAAGACUAGCCAUUUCUUUCAUCAUGAAAAUGUUUUUAUAAGCAUUUU